UGCAACUUGUAUAAAAGGACAUAGGUCAACAUCAUGUCAACAUCGCGAUAGGCCAUUACUUGAAAUCAAAAGAAAAGGUCGUCCCGUCACUCAAUGCAACAAUUGUCGUGAGCUUCGUAAAACCCAAAACAUACAUAUUAAAUGUAAUUGUAACGAAAGAAAAAAAGAAGUAACUCCUUCCUUGUCACAAUCCAAGUCAUCCGUAAUAAUAACAAGUUCAAAUGAUUCUUCUGAAUCACCUACAAAUUUUGAUAAUUUCGUUUCAAAUUUGAGUAGUAGUGAUAAACUAAAAGUCCAGUCAUUAUUAAACCCAUGCAAUUGUUUAACUGGUGAUAGGUGUAUUUGUUGUAGAGACGAAGAAAAUGAAUUCAUCUCAUCAGCAGAAAAUUCAAAUCGAGAUUGUAAUACUAUGGAAGGGUCUGAUGAAAAGUCAGGAGACUUGAGUGGCGUUUUAGGAGCUGAAAUAUGUAGUAGCACACCCGAUGAUUUGGUUAAUAUAAUUUACAGUCCAUUUAAGGUAAAUAAUAAAUGA